GAUUUUUUUGCUUGCGAUUGUAAGAUAAAAAAAUUUUAUGUAUCACGUGCAUAAUUUCUUUUUUUGCCGUAAGAAGAAAGGAACAAUAAUCGGCAACAACCGCAGUUUGUGCGAAGAAAAAGACGCGGAAAUACGGAAAGAGUCAUAAAGCAAUUCACGCACGAUCGUCGUCGCAGUUACUGAGAUCGCAAGAGGGUCUGGAAAAUGGGUGAACGUUACAAUAUUCACAGCCAGUUGGAGCAUCUGCAAUCGAAAUACAUCGGCACGGGACACGCGGACACGACCAAGUUCGAGUGGCUGGUGAAUCAGCAUCGUGAUUCCUGCAGUUCUUACAUGGGACAUUACGAUUUAAUGAACUUCUUCGCGAUUGCCGAGAACGAGGCGAAGGCACGAGUCAGAUUCAAUCUUAUGGAGAAGAUGCUGCAACCUUGCGGACCACCUCCUGAGAAACCAGAAGAUUAAAUUGCGUGUUUUUUUUUUACUUUGCGGACUAUUUUUCAUUUUUAGUAGAUUUAAGAGUGAAAUAAACAAUUUGUAUG